AUGAAUGCAAUAAGGAAACUGGUUUGGGAUGGCGCUUUAAACGUUGAAGUAACCAUUGAUCCCGAGUUGGUCAUUAAAGGUAUACCUAAAAAUAAAACGAUGGUCAAUUUAAGGAUACCGAGGGACUCCUACAUAAUGAAUUACUUGGACUAUAUCCUUACGCGACUUGAGGCUUACAUCCGUGUUAAUCUGAAAGAUCUAAAGGAGCUAAACUUUUGGUUUGAAUAUGACGGUAUUCCUCUCUCAUGGAAUUAUCCCACUGGUGUCCUUUACGACAUUAUGAAUACUAAGGACGUUAUUACUGCUGCGAGGGAUACCAAUCAUUUAAAUAUGUGGAGAAUCAACCUAACUUGUGGAUCACAAGUACCUAGAAAUGUUAUACCUAUCAUUGAAGGUACGAAACAAAUUGAGAAAUAUUGGAUGCAUCAAUGGAAGCAAGUGUGUUUCAUUUUGAGAGGAUCUUCGAAACAAAUAAUGUCAAUUUCGAGGAAGGAAGGCCAAAGUUUUUGGGAAAGCAUCUUACGAAGAGAUAUGGAAACCUUUAAUAAUAUAUCGACGAGAAUAAUACCGAAAAAGGCACGGUUUAUUCCUGUCGUCAUUCAUAUAAAUGAUAAAUUUAUUCAACCUGUUGCCCCAUCAUUGAAUGACGAUGGUAUAGAAAAUAAGGUUAUUAAUAUAACUGAAGGUUUGUCAUCUUCCGAAAUUGCCAUAAUAUCUCAUGGGGUUGUAAUACCAAAAAAGUCGAGCUUGAAAGAGGUGUAUGACAGAUUUCUCAGUUUUGAUGGAUUUUUACAUUUGAUUAUUCAGGAGCAACCAGCUAACACGUAA